CACCUCUCCAUCUCUGCUCGCCAUGCAGCAACACAUCCAGCACCCAACCCCACCAGAAGCCUACGCCUCGACCUCGGCCCAGCCCUCCAAGGGGCUAGAGCCGCAGACGCUCCUCGUCCUCGUCGGCCUGCCGGGCUCAGGCAAGUCAACGCUCGCCAACGCCCUCGUCGCUGCAUCCGAGUCGGCAGCGUGGCCUCCCACCGCGCGCCGCUGGGUCCGCGCGAGCCAGGACGACGCACCGAGCAAGCGCCGCCAGGAGGUCGAGGGACUGGUGGCGCGCGCGCUCGCGGACGGGCAUAAUGUCGUCGUUGACCGCGUCGACUUUGACGCCGAACAACGAGCCCACUUUGUCAACAUAGGCCAUGCCGCAACCCCCCGCCCGCGCAUCUUCGCGCUGACGCUCACCGUCUCGCAGGCCACUCUCCGCGGGAGGCUGUCCCAGCGCACAGGUCACCCGACGAUCCCGGACGCGGAGCAGGGCCUGGCCGUGCUGGACAAGAUGCAGCGGGCGUAUUCUCCGCCGCGGCCGACCGGCGGGGAGGGUUUCGACAGGCUGUACACGCUCGACGAGGUACAGCAGCCUCUACCCGGCACGGCGUGGACGCCCGAGCGGCUGCUCGACAUCCUCUCCCGCGUGGAGCGGGGUGCGGUCGAGCGCGGCGCGGCGGGCGGCGACGGCGGGCGCGACCGCGGCGCAUAUGCCGGCGGCUACGUCUACGGCCGGUACGGGCCUGGCGGGUACGCCGGCGGCGCGUACGGCUUCACGGGCGCCAAGAGGGACGGGUAUGGGUAUCCCCCGCGCCGGGACGACGGCGGCGGCCGCGGCGCGCAGCACAACGGCGUCAAGCGCGAGUAUGCGCAGCCGUACGGCCAGCGGUACGGCCGCGAGCAGCACCUCUCGCCGCCAGGCCAUCCGCCCCCGGGCUGGGCUGGGCCGGGCGUGCCGGGCUGGGGCGGCGUGAACGGCGCACCUGGCGCCGGAGGGGGGGAGCAUGCCGUGCCCCCGCACAUUGUCUUCUCGGCGCCGCCGCGGCGCAACGGCGCAGGUGCUCAGCCGCGUCAGUAA